AUGGAGGAGACGCAGACAGAUCUUAUGGCUAAGAGGAAGGGGAAAAUGUGGAAGAGAACAAGCUCAACGAUGGGGAGACUGGAAAGGAAAGAACACCACAAUAAUAGCUCUAUAAUCCUUGAUAAGCCUAGGAAAAGAAGAGGAGAAGAAAUUAAUCAGAUUGAGGAUGAUCAGGGAGUGAAAGACAAGGAAGCAGGUAAGAAGAAAUCUAAACUAUCUGGUGACUGGAAUGAUUUGUAUUUGGAGGAGCACAAACAAGGGGGCAGGACUAGAACUAAAAGGAGUCUUAUUCCUUUCCAGAAUUUCAUUGGCAGUAUGGGAAUGACUGAGAUCCACAUGGAAGGCUACCAAUUUACUUGGUGUAAUAACAGAGAGGAGGGGGAUUUUGUGGAAGAAAAACUUGAUAAUGCUUUUGGUUCUUUGGGAUGGCUAAACAGAUACCCUGCCACUAAGGCUAUAAAUCUGUUUAGGAGUGUUGGAGGAGCACAAACAAGGGGGCAGGACUAG